GGCAGUGAGUGAACACAGCGGCUGGAUCUAACGACGGACACGCCGUCAUCAGAGAGCUGACCUCCCUCCUCCGCCGUGACUCUGUGAACCAUGUCCAGACUCCAGAGUCUGAAGGUCUCCAUCCACCAGCGGCUGGCCGCCGCUGUGGAGGAGAUCUUCGGACUUUUAGACCAAACAUUGACCGAGUAUGAGGAGGAGAUGAACCGCCACCAGAAGCUGCUGGAUGCGGCUUUCAAACCUGAGAUCACAGCGCAGAAAAAAGGAUUUCAUGCAGAGGUCCAGCAGCUGUUGGUGAGUCAAGCAGAUGUUUCCUCUGAGCAGCAGCAGCAGGAGUGGAGCUCCAGUCUGGACCAGGAGGACCAGGACGACCCAGAGCCCCCACACAUCAAAGAGGAACAGGAGGAACUCUGGACCAGUCAGGAGGGAGAGCAGCUUCAAGGACUGGAGGAGGCUGAUAUCACCAAGUUCACAUUCGCUCCUGACCCUGUAAAGAGUGAAGAUGAUGAUGAUGAUGAUGAAAAGAAAGCUCAGUCUUCGCAGCUUCAUCAAAGCCAGCCUGAGAGGAACAGAGACGGGGAGCGUUUGAGACCGGAAAUUCAAGGAGAUGUCUGUAGGGGAUCAGAACCAGCAGGAAACUCGGUUCCGGAUAGACUUUUACGAAAAGAUAAUUAUGUCAAGACCUCUCAAGACAUAGAAGAAAGGAAUUAUUAUUGGAUGGAGACCAGAGACCCUCAGGCACAUUUCAGUACUCUACACUGUAACGUAGUCCCUGCAGAUGAUAGGGAGUGUAACACCGGAGCGAAAUCGUACAGCUGCUCCGAGUGCGGUAAAAGAUUCGGCCACAAGGGGACUCUGCAGAGACACGUCCGAUGCCACACAGGAGAGAAACCGUUCGGUUGCACGACCUGCGGGAAAAGAUUCACGCAGAGCGGACCUUUGGUGCACCACUUGCGGCUUCACACAGGAGAGAAACCGUUCACCUGCUCGGUCUGCGGCAAGAGGUUCACGCAGAAGGGAAACCUGACGUGCCACAUGACGGUGCACACCGGGGAGAAACCAUUCAGCUGCAGCGUUUGCGAGAAGCGAUUCACCAGACAGUCGCGUGUCAAAAAGCACAAGUGUGUCGUCGAGAGCGGCAGCAGUCUGUAGCAAAGGCGACACCUGUCCAUGGGAAAAGAUUUAAUGCUGCUCAUUUGGCAGACACCAUUAUUUCAUUUUUUUUUUUCAAUCUUUUUAAAUGUGUUGCCGACAGCAAAGACAAUAAAGUAGACGCAACAUAAUAGUUCCAGACUAAGAAGGAAACCCAAGAUCUCAAUGAAGACUGGCAGGUGUCAGGGGUAGUAACAUUUGUCAAAAUUCAUGUGUACAAAUUAGUAAUUUAUAUGUUCAGAUAAAAUAUUUGUCCACAGGAA